AUGAAACCAAACUCUAAAAUCGUUUUGGGUUUUUUGAAACAGCCGACGCCGGUUCGAGUGGUAGUUUUAUGCUAUUUACUCGGCUACGCCACCCACGCCUACUCGCUGGCCGAGGUCGAGCAGAAGACCCUGGAGUUCAGGAAGGAGAUGACCACCCCGAUCCCCAUCGCGGAGGACGCGUCAGAAUUCGAGAAAUUUCGGGCUAGGGCUUACGAAACAGCUAUGAAAGUUCCUGUUAAAUCAAUAGAGCUUUACUUGGAUCUUAGGGGCGGAAUUGAAGAUCAUGUUUUGGGCAUGGAAAAACUGUUGCCAGACUUAGAUCCGCAGGAGCGGCGUGUCUUUACCCUUGUUCUUGAUCUUAAUGAGACCCUCGUAUAUUCUGAUUGGGAGCCUGAGACAGGCUUGAAGACAUUCAAGAGACCAGGAGUUGAUGCUUUUUUGCAACGUAUGUCAACCCUGUAUGAAGUUGUUGUAUAUUCUGAUCAACUGCAGAAGGAUGUGGAGGAUGUGGUUAAAAGGAUCGACCAAACAGGACGUAUACACAAAUUAUCAAGGCCUGCAACUAAGUACCGGAAGGGUAUACACUUUCGGGAUCUGUCAAGGUUGAACAGAAAUCCUGCACGAGUUCUGUACAUAAGUGCGCAUGCUCUUGAAUCUUUCCUGCAACCUGAAAAUUGUCUGGAUAUCAAACCAUGGAAACUUGAAACUAAUGACACUGAACUGCGGGAUCUGAGUCCAUUUCUUGAGUCUCUUGAUGUUGUAAGGCCUGCUGAUCUUCAUGAAGUGGUUGCUUCUUAUCAAGGGAAGGAUGUUGUUAAAGAGUUCUAUGAGCGAUGCAAACAAGUGCAGAGGGCGAUUGAGGAGCAGAAGCAGCAGCAGCAGAAGAAACGUGAGAGCAAGUGGUGGCGGAUAUUUCCCUGAUCUGCUGGAAGGACAAAGCUCCAAAUUGACCUAAUACAAAGAGGAUACUGAGACUCCUGUGGAGUGCCUGCCUGGUCGAAUUGCUUGGUAGUUUAGGUUGCUAGUCAAAUUCACCGCUCUCCAAUUCUUGGGCAUCCCAUGUAAAGAAUAGGCUAUAACACUUGGUCUCUGUGAAGAGUUUGAGACCACGCCACUUAGUUGUCAAAACAUGAGUUGAGUUGAUGUGCAUUUCUUAAUGGUCAUUGCAUUCUCUGAGGUAGCAAUUGAAUAUAAGGAUAUUUGUUAAUACUAAUACUCCACUAUCCGAACAAACUUCCACAGAUUCUUAAAGGUGGAAAGUCGCAAAUGAGUAGUACUUGAGGGGUCAUUUUAU